CCAGAGCGAUGCAGUCUACCGGUGUGAGCGGGGAGGACGGAGUGAGUGCCGAGAGGACGGCCGACAGCACCAUGGGCGGGUACGUGUCAGUCCGAGGUCAGCCCAGUGAGGUCAAGCCGCUCCUGAGACAAGGAUCAGGAGAGGGCUCCCCUAAGUCAUCUUUGAGGAAGGCUUCGUCGGGGGACUUCAGGAAGCAGGUGAAGAGGCAGGUGUCUUUCCAAGACGACGAUGUCUUUUACCAUGAGUCCGGAGGAGAGAACAGCGUGCGGCAUGGAAGUGCGGAGAAUGGAGUCCACUGUAUAGCCAAUAGCACAGAUAUAACAGAGGAGCGAGUGUCAGCAUUCCUGAAAUGUCAUCCAGAAUUCUUGGAGGCUUGGGUUAUGGAAGAAGUCCAGUUGGAGCAGCUGGAGAGGUGGAUUAUACGGAGGACUCAAAAGGAGAAAAAGAAAACUGGAAGUGGAGCAGGGCGAAAGACAAGUCUCUCCAGAUGGAAGUUCUGUGUGCACGCUGACAAGCGCCAGAUGCUGCAGGAGAUGACAUCCUCAUUGCAGCGCCGACCAAGUGUCGGCCAUGUCCUGUGGGAGCUGACCGGCUGUAUCGCUAGCGCUGUGGGGGCUGACGGUCACCGCCUCUACCUCCCUGACACCGGGGAUUCCGAGAGCCUCUGCCUCUACCUUGGCCAUGCAGACCCAGAGUGUCAGCUGCUAGGGAAGGCAACUGUACCAAACAUUGUAGCUCGGACCAAGGAACCUUUAAGGAUAUCUCGAGGACAUCCGAAUUUUCCGACCACAGGGAAUAAUGAGUUAGAGCACCUGAUGUAUGAGCCAGUGGUGCAGCCUGACGGCGAGCUAGUGGCAGUACUGGAGCUGUGGAGAAAAGACUCAGAGUCACCGUUCCACGAAGAGGAUGAGGAGAUCGCUAGCAGUUACCUGGUGUGGGGCGGCAUCGCACUCCACUAUGCUCGGCUCUACCUCUCCAUGAGCAAACAGCGCAAACUAAGCGACUUUCUACUUGCCGUAGUAAAGUCUAUAUUCCAAGAUAUGAUGAGCAUGGACACAUUGGUGACUAAGAUAAUGAACUUUGCCCAACGGCUAGUGGAUGCUGAUAGAGCAUCUUUGUUCCUGCUAGAUUCCAAAAACAAAGAACUAUAUGCAAGGAUAUUCGAUAUCAGAAGUAAUGAGUCAGAGAAUGACAGUGACUCAGGCAGUCGUACCCACCAGGACAGAGAAAUCAGGUUCAGUGUGGGGAAGGGUAUCGCAGGCCAAGUGGCACGGACCGGCGAGAUUCUUAACAUCUCCGACGCUUACUCAGACCCUCGUUUUAAUCGCACUGUGGACCAGAUGACAGGCUACCACACCAAGACCAUUCUCUGUAUGCCCAUCUUCAUCCGUGGAGUCGUCAUUGGAGUUAUGCAGAUGGUCAACAAAAACACUGGUUACUUCAACAAGGAAGAUGAAGAGGCGUUUGAGACAUUUGCAGUAUAUUGUGGUCUGGCGUUACACCAUGCCAAACUGUACGAGAAGAUCCGGCGCUCUGAGCAGAAAUAUCGGGUGGCUCUAGAGGUGCUGUGCUAUCACAACAGCUGUACAGAACUAGAGUUUGAGGAGACCAAACAGAAGGAUAUUCCCUCUUCUAUUCCUGGAAUUGAGGAGUACCAUUUUAACGUGUUUGAACUAGAUGACAACGAAAAAGCAAGGAGUUCCAUCUUGAUGUUCACAGAUCUGUUUGGACUGAGUAGAUUUGACAAGAACAGUUUAAUUAAGUUCACUUUGACUGUGAAGAAGAACUAUCGACGGGUGCCUUAUCACAACUGGACUCAUGGCUUUUCCGUGGCCAACUCCAUGUACGCUAUCAUGAAACAUUCUCAAGGAACUUUUACUUUCAUUGAGAGUGUUGCGCUAUAUAUAGCUGCAUUGUGCCAUGAUCUGGAUCAUCGGGGCAAGAACAACAAAUUCAUGUCAGAUACGGAAUCUCCCCUGGCCGCAGUAUACAGCACUUCCACCAUGGAACAUCAUCACUUUAACCAGACCGUCACCAUUCUGCAACAGCAAGGACACAAUAUAUAUUCUCAGUUGACCAGCAGUGAGUACAAGCAGGUGCUUGGUCAUAUCAAACAUUGCAUCCUCGCUACAGACUUGGCCCGGUUCUUCCCGUAUCGCACCAGACUCCAACACUUGGUCUCUAGCAACACCUUCUCACCAGCCAAUCCUGAUCACAGACUUAUACUCCAAGCUAUAGCAAUGACAGCAAGUGACCUAUCUGCCAGUGCUAAGCCAUGGGACAUUCAGUUUAAGACUGCUAGAGUCAUCUUUGAAGAAUUUUAUGAACAGGGAGAUGCAGAAAGACAGGCUGGUAUCACUCCAGUGCCCAUGAUGGACAGGACAAAGCCUGAGCUCCAAGCUGUCUCUCAGGUCGGGUUCAUGAUGUCAAUCUGUAUCCCUUGCUAUGCUCUACUGGCUCAGCUCAUCCCCGAGACAAAGCCACUGCUGGCUCAGUGUCAAGACAACCUGGAACAAUGGAAGCUCCUGCAGAACCAACAACAAGACACUACUUAGUCCUCCCCCCCACCACCACCACAACCACUCUCUACUACUCGUCUGUGAUAUUUGUACCUAACUUUUCAGGGCCAUCGCUGUUUUUACUGUAUUGCUAUCCUGUCACAUAUGCACAUGUGCGUUUUAUGAAAACAGUAUUACAACAAAUAAAUGUUUUAUUUAUGUAA